CAGAGACUGCGGACAUAGUACAGGAGAUGACCAGAGACUGCGGACAGUACAGGAGAUGACCAGAGACUGCAGACAUAGUACAGGAGAUGUCAGACUGCGGACACAGUACAGGAGAUGACCAGGGACUGCGGACACAGUACAGGAGAUGACCAGAGACUGCGGACAUGUACAGGGAUGACCAGAGACUGCGGACACAGUACAGGGAUGACCAGAGACUGCGGACAUAGUACAGGAGAUGACCAGAGACUGCGGACAUACAGGAGAUGACCAGAGACUGCAGACAUAGUACAGGAGAUGUCCAGAGACUGCG